GAUGCCCCGCUGCGCGUGCCGCACCUGCUGCAGGGAUGGGGAAGGCGGCGGACGAUGAGGCUUACUUCCAGAGGGGCAGUCUGUUCUGGUUCGCGGUCAUCACCCUCUCUUUUGGCUAUUACACGUGGGCUGUCUUCUGGCCUCAGAGCAUUCCUUAUGGGAGCCUAGGGCCCCUGGGCCCCUUCACACAGUACUUGGUGGACCAUCAUCACACUCUUCUACACAAUGGGUAUUGGCUUGCCUGGCUGAUUCACAUGGGAGAGUCCUUGUAUGCCAUGGUAUUGUGCAAGUCUAAAGGCAUCACAAAUGGUCAAGCUCAACUACUCUGGUUCCUACAGACUUUCCUCUUUGGGAUUGCCUCCCUCUCCAUCUUGAUUGCUUACAGACCAAAACGCCAAAAACAAACUUAAAGGAGAUAUCCAGCCCUGGCCAAUUUGGCUCAAUAGUUAGAGUGUCGGCCCCACGGACCAGUGAAUCGUGUGUUCGAUUCCAGUCAAGGGCACGUACCUUGGU